AUUGGGUUAAAGAAAAUGGCCCGAACCAAGCAGACUGCUCCUAAGUCCACAGGUGGCAAAGCGCCCCGCAAACAGCUGGCCACUAAAGCGGCCAGGAGAAGCGCCCCCUCUACCGGCGGGAUGAGAAAACCUCAUCGCUACAGGCCCGGGACCGUUGCGCUUCGAGAAAUACGUCGUUACCAGAAAUCCACCGAGCUUCUGAUCCGGAAGCUGCCUUUCCAGAGGUUGGUGAGGGAGAUCGCCCAGGAUUUCAAAACCGACUUGAGGUUCCAGAGUGCCGCCAUCGGUGCGCUUCAGGAGGCUAGUGAAGCGCACCUGGUGGGUUUAUUUGAAGAUACUAAUCUGUGUGCCAUCCACGCAAAGACAGUCACCAUCAUGCCCAAAGACAUCCAGUUGGCUCGCCGGAUACGGGGAGAGAGAGCUUAAGUGAAGGCAGUUUUUAUGGUGUUUUGUAGUAAAUUCUGUAAAAUAC